AUGGUCAGCACACGUGCAGGAGAGCACGCCAAUGGCGAGGCUGAGGCCAAUGGAAAGGCCCAGGAGACCGCUGAGGCUACCGCUGGAGAGAAGCGUGUCAUCGAUCAAGACACUGCCGAGGACCCGCCUGAUGCUAAGCGGGCGAAGAAGUCCGACGAUGGCGCCCGUCAGACCACCAUCGAGGAGGCCCUCGAGAAGCAAGACGAUGCCGAGUCAAAGAAGCCGGAGGAAAACAAGCCUGAGACAAAGCAGGAGAAUGCUGACACUUCUGACACCGAGAUGAAGGAUCGAGAUGAGACUGUUGCAGAAGACGCCAAAGAGGUUGCCGAGACCCAGGCGGCCAAGGACGUCGAGGAGGCGGCAGAGGAGUCCAAGGCGGAAGAGUCCAAGCCGGAGGAAGAGAAAAACACCGAGGAAAACAAGGAGGCUGUCCCGGCCAAUGAUUCCAAGGUGGAGGCAAAGAACGAGACCAAGGAAAAGGACGAGGUUGCCGGUUCCAAGAACAGGGAGGAGACAACAGAGGAGACCAAGGCUGACGAGAAGCCUGCAACCAAGGAAAGCAACGGAGACACUGCCGAAAUUCCCCACGCGGACAACAAAGUUCCGUCCAACGUCCUCGAGAAGGGCAUCAUCUACUUCUUCAUCCGCGCCCGGGUCAACCUUGACGAAGCCGAAGAAGUUGACGAUAUUGCUCGAAGCUACCUCAUUCUUCGCCCCAUCGCUCCCGACUCCAAGCUCGGUGACGGCCCGAUUGGCGAUGCCGGCAACACCCGUUUGAUCGCCCUGCCCAAGAAGGUCUUCCCUGAGAGCGGCCGAGACCGCUUCAUGAUGUUCGUCGAGAAGGCAGGCGCUUCUUUCGCCGAGCUGAAGGAGCAUUUCCUCUCCGGUGACCAGAACGAAACCAAGGCCGGCACGUCGCAGGUCCCUGCCGCCACUCCUGUUGGCGAGGGCGUCUAUGUCAUCACAACGACCGGCAGGGAGAGUCACCUGGCUUACAUGCUCACUCUGCCUUCCAACAUCGGCGAGGUCCAGGAGGAGCUUGGCCUCAAGGAGCAAGGCAGCUUCAUCUUGAGCACCAAGAAUCCCAACAAAUCCGGACCUGCGAACGCGAGCAUCCCAGAGAAUCCUGACUACCCUGAGAAGAUCAACAAGGAGUUCCGAGACCUCCGAUGGAUGCCUACCAAACCCGAACACCUUGACUAUGCCAACGCCCAGAUCCUCUUGAUCGGCGAGUCAUCGGGGAUCAAGAAGGCAACAGAGCCUCGAAAGAAGGACGUGAAGGAGGGCAACGAGGAGCCCGAGAAGGUUCUUGAACAGAUCGAGGAUGAGGAUACGAAGCGGAUGGAGAACCUCGCGGAGGACGACUCUGGUGCCAUCUUUGCUGACCUCCAGGCCCGCGCCAAGGACUACCCAAAGUUGCAGACAACAUUCUGA